UUGAAGCUUUCUAGUUGACGUAAGGCCGCCGAAAAACCUUGCAGGCAUGAGUGACGCACCACUUACCUCGCAGGUGCUUUAGUUUCUACUCUAUCGCCGAAAAACCGCGAAGACGGUUCCGCUAGGCCUAAUCUAAUGUCUCAAAAGGUUUCUUUGAUUUCACGACUAGGCCCCCAGGGGGGCUUUCUGGUUCAUUCCCUGUGUGUUUAUUGACGGACAUUUUCCCGGCGAAUUCUUCUCACCGUAUGCCUUGAGGUCUUUUUAUUUGUUUACACUUUGGGGGGAUCAUCCCUAUUGUCCCCGGCUCAUCCGGAUGAUGUCUCAAAUGAGUCCCUUGUCCACCCACGAUAGCCCGGUGGGGCAAAAACGGAAGGGCACUCCUGAUGAUGAUGUGAAUUCUGUGGAAGUCACUGGUCAACUGUCACCUGCACAAUCGGUCAAGACUUCGGACAUCCAAUCAGCUUUUGCAUUAAUUGACACUGGAGAGGAUCGACGAGAACUGGUGGUUAGCCACGUGGGAAACUUAACUUCCAUAGCCAGUAUUGUUCCAGGCGUUACCACUUUCACCACAGGAGCUAGACUUAACCACACUGCCAAUGAGUUCCAACCACCCUAUUUCCCACCUCCCUACAGCAGUUUAACGCAACAACAACUGGAUUUUCAGACUGAUCCUUACGGUCCAGUCACAUCCACAUUAUCGGGCAACGCACCCCAACAAUACCAUCAUCAACUUCACUCAAAUACCAGGAAUUUGUUCAAAAGAGAAGACGAAGCUAAUUUACAUUUGCAAACAAAUAUGUUACCUUACACUGAUACGACGCGGAGAACGGACUUAACAGCUUAUGCUAGGAGACCAGACAUUUUAGUGCACUCGGCCCACACACUCACAGAUCAAGACAUCAUAAACCUUCACAAUUCUGGAGCUUUAGCUGGACUAGACGAUGGACAGACAACAGUGGACGAAAGCAAUAUAUUUGGUUCAGAGCAUAAUAGUGUGAUAAGAAAAGGGCCAAGUCUAAAAACGGGGGUCGAUCACUGAGGGAGAAGUUGGAUAAGAUUGGCCUUAACCUGCCGGCAGGUAGGCGGAAAGCCGCCAAUGUCACCCUCCUUACAUCACUGGUUGAAGGUGAGGCUAUUCACUUGGCUAGAGAUUUUGGAAAUGUUUGUGACGCCGAAUUCCCUGCCCGACAAGUAGCCGAAUACCUCUCCAGGAAUUACACAGAUCCAGCACUCAUUUACAAAAGGAAACAGGAACUUAUAGAUUCAAGAGAAAUCAUCAAAGAGUUUGCAGAAUUCUUGGGUCAAGACCGUUCACCACUUUGCAACGCUAAGUUCCAACCCAUUCUUCCUCAGCAAAUACAACGCCACUUGACACAUUUCUCCCUAAUUUCACACGGAUUUGGCUCCCAUGCCAUUGUAUCAGCAUUGUCUGCUGCACAGAACUACAUAAACGAAUCCAUCAAAUAUUUGGACAAGCAAUUAUCUAACUACAACCAAGCUGCUGUAACAGCGGCGGACGUUAACAGUCUCAUCAAUUCAUCGAAGAAAGAUGACCAGAAGUGAAAAUAAAUUCGUCCCAUUCAAAAAUCAAAUACAUGCUUUUGCUCAACAAAAAAAACAUGAGAUUAUUUUUCUAGAAUUUUAAGGUCCAAAGGAUUUUUAUAGACCAUAAUUGUGCCUUAUGAGGUUUGAUCGUAAACCUUUUUGCUCAAAUCUGAUUUUCUGAAGAUUGUGCUUCGCUCAGAAGAUGUGUUUCAGCAUUUUUCUAAUGACUCACAAAACAAUGAAUGCCAAGAUUGCCAAACUUCAAUAAGCCUGACUCACUUUUCACAUUAUUUGAUUUUACACACUUUUAUGUUUGCUGGAAUUGUGAUGAGUUUUGAGAAAUGCUUUUGAUUGAAUGUGAAUGUUUGCUCAAUUAUUCUUUAUAAGGGUCGUAGAGUAUAAAAUUCUACUAUGAAAGUAUUUUUUUAAAAUAAAACUUUAUUUGUUCAAACGUU